AAUCAGCUGUUCGUAAUUUUUUUUAGUACUCGCCAUUGUUUUCAUUUAUUUUUCCAUAACAAAAUGCUUGCUCUCGAUAAAAUUCCCGAUGUAAUUGGUUUCUUGGUGCUGACCCAGGACGGAGCUGUCCUGUCCAGCGGCGGAGAGUUGGAGAACGAUGAACAUCGUGCGAAUAUAAUUAACGGAUUGAUCAAUAUCACCGACAACGUGGAUCCGGAACAAUUCGAAAACAAUAGUUUCCAGCGGAUUAGCAUCGCGUUCGAAGAACACAGCUACGUCGUUUGUCUAUCCAACAAAAAGGUGUACGUCGUCAAGAAGAGGAAUCCGCAACAGUCAUCGUAUGAGAACAUCGAUUCCGGACCAGCUGCCAAUUGAAACUAAAUUCCACUUUAAAUUAUGUUUAUUUACCGUUCAUCGAUUAUUUUCUGAUUUGAUCAACCAAAUAUAAAAUUCAUUCGAAAAACA